AAGAGACGUCUCUGUUUACUGUAUAAGCAGUUGCAUAAAUGGAACUAAUAUAAAAUACCUUUUUGCGGUAAGAUAAAUGUGUUUGAUUAUUGAUCAUGACAUUUUUGAUCAGGUUCAGUUGCAGUAGAUUACAUGUUAUCAUAUGUGCGCGUACGAACUCAGAUUAAUAAGAAACAGGAGAGGAGGGACACGCAGGUUAUUACUGACACGCGGGUGCUGCAUACGUGCAAUGGGAAUUCGAGUCUGUCUGUAUGUGCCCAAUGUCAUUGGGUACAUUCGGAUUCUGCUUGUACUGACUGCCUGGAUCGUGUAUGACGACCCAGCGAGAUUUGUACCUUUGUAUGUGGUAUCAAUUAUAUUAGAUGGACUGGAUGGCUGGGUGGCACGUCGGCUGCAUCAGACCUCCAGGUUUGGAGCUUGGCUGGAUGUGGUCAUUGACAACAUAGGACGUGGAAUGCUCUGGAAUAUACUUUAUGAUUGGGGCUGGUUGGUGUCUUCAGUAGAGUGGUGUGCGUUUGUUUGCAACCACAGUGCUGGAGGUGCCCAGUGGAAGAAUUCUUUCACACAGAGCCCGGUCUGGGUUCGAGCAGUGAUGGCAAAGGGCUUCAAGACUCCACUGGGUAUUUUGACAAUAGCAGGCAUCCAUGUUUUGCCCGUGUGGCUGUAUGGCUACCAGUAUGAUGUGCUGUCCCAGGCUCUCUGUGUCCCACACGGCCUGCAGAUUCUUGGGAUUCUGGUGCUGGCAGCUGGACGUGUGCUGGGUUUAGCAGUUGAGAUGUGGUGCGUCUUAACCCAUGUGAAAUUGUUAGUGUUGAAUGAAGAGGAGGAAAAGAAGGACUAGGACAACUGGAAAGUGUUAGUUUGGAUGUUGUUUGCGUUUAGGGUGAUUUACUUGAAAACAAGUAAAAGGGAAUGUCUUGUAUGAGGCUACUGCUCUGAUAAGCACCUGAAAUGUUUCAUCUCAGUUAUUGAGCAUGUUGAAUGUGUCUUUCUCAUGCGAAAAUGUCAGGGCUAUGUUUGUUUUCUCAUGAACCCUAAAAAUGAUACAUAUUAUACCAAUGUCUAAACACAAUGCUUUAAGGUGAUAUAUAGGUCAUGUUUACAUUGCGUUUGAUGUUUGUUUUAUUUGACAAUACUACAUAUUAUAU